AUGAUACGCUCACCUGAACCGUAUGACCAACUCAAGAACAAAAGAAAAAGACCCCACACCUGCGAGAUUGCUCGUUUUAUAUCAAUAGUUCGGGCCCCCGUACCUGAAGCAGCUGAUAUCACUCUGGCUAGUUUUGCGAAGGGCGGUCUUCCGGCAGCAUUUCGCCUACCAGCCGUGCCAGCCAUUGCAAAUCUGUUAGAAACUCAUCCACAGUCUCUUCUGGAUGGAGGCAGCGCAUGCGAAAGCGGUUCUGGCGGGGAGUUUCUCGCUUCCUUCUGCCUGCCUGGCCGUGCCCAAUUCCGCCGGCGCUUGCCGUCUUCGUCCCGUCGUCCGUUUCUCCCCUUUUCCUCCGUCCGUCUCGUAUCGGUUCCUCCACGAUUUUCCCGUUGCCGGGAGAUGUCGCAGGGGGCUUGGGCGCUUGUGGCGGGGGGAGAACUCACGGGGGGUUGUUCGCGGGGUGCAGCCUCAAACUUUCUUUCCAUCGCCCACCGGUGA